GUGAACGCGUUUUAGUGUGGCAUCUUCACGGAGCUUCUUAUUACAAAGCUGAGAAGUGAGAAUCAAAUCUUCACCGAAACAUGGCGGCGUGGACAGCGGCAGCUCGGCAAGCCAUCAAUAUCGGACGCCUCUCCUCACCCAAGUCGGCUUCAUUCGUUCAUCGGCGCGGUUUGGCUGGCUCCGCCGAUCAUCAUGGACCUCCAAAGGUGAACAUUUGGCAGGAUCCAUUGUCUCCAUCCAAGUGGAAAGAAGAACAUUUUGUGAUUGCUUCUUUGUCUGGAUGGGGUUUACUCAUCUAUGGUGGUUACAAAUUGUUCUCUGGAGGCAAGGACAAGAAGGAAGAGAAAGUUGGAGAAUCAAACAAGGAUUGAGGUUCUUAUAACAUCUACUAAUAAGUUGCUACUUGGCUUUUGGCGUCCGGGUUGUGUUUUUUAUCUUUGUAAAGAGACUUCAGUUUUGGGCAGUUUUAUUAGUGGUAUCUACAUAGCACUUUAAAGCAAUGGUUUAGGAAUAAUUACACAUUUUAAAAUUCUAUUGAUGUUAUGUAUUUUAUGGUCUCUGCUAAUAAGUUAUAAUACUAUGAGAGAUACAAGCUUGUCUGCCGAUAAAUUAGCUCUCUGAGUUUGGCUUUUAACUUCUAACAA